CAUUGGAACAGUAGUAUCAUCUGUGGUGAAAUGAAAUGAAAGUUCGCCUUCCGCCACAUGUCCGCCAUAUCUACUACAUUUUCUUUCUGAUAGUGACGUUCAUAUUAUUUUAUGUUGGAUAGGGGUGUUGUACAGAUAUUUCGUGUUGUUUUAAUUAGUUUUUGUUUACCAAAUACACGAAACCCGGGAUACCGAUCAAACGAUGGAGUCGCCGAGGAAAUUUAACGACUGCUAUUUCUAUUAUUAUUCCACAUGCACUAAGGGUGAUAACUGUGUAUUUCGUCAUGAACCAUCAGCCCUUGGCUGUGAAACUAUGUGCUCGGCUUGGCAACAAGGAAAAUGUUUGGAUAAAAAUUGUAAAUUGCGUCAUAUGGAACUUAGGAAAAACCGAAAACAAAUCCCAUGUUACUGGGAAAAUCAGCCAGGAGGUUGUCGCAAGAAGCACUGCCCAUUUAUGCAUAAGAACCCCGAUGCUCGCACUGAUGGCAUAGCUCCCAGCCAGCCGGCGCCUACUGUCAGCGCCCAAGAGUCCAGCAGUGCUCCCGAGCCCAUAGUAGACAGUAGUAUGAUGCGUGCAAAUGUACUUGCCCCAUCCACCGGUCCUCCUCCAGUUCCCGUUGCUGUGCUGUUGCAGCAACAAAGGCAACAAGUAGUGCUAGACUCGGCCAUCCUGGGAGUGUUGCCGGGCACAAGUGAGCUCCUGCCCCGGCGCGUCGUCCACACGCACGCGCACGCACACGCGCACACACACACGCACGCGCACGACCCCUCCGCGUACGCGAUGCCCGUCGACCCCCUGGUGGUUAACUUCGAGGAAGAGUCUGAUACUGAGAGCGCUCCUCCCUCGACGCCAACAAAAAACGCGAAUCCAGACGAUGCUCAAAAAAUCGCUCGCAGUAAAUCUCAGGAACUACUGCUCCUUGAGAAGAUUCAAGCGGAGGCCGCUGCCUUCUACAGUUACGACUCUCUCCCACCCGUCGAAAUGCCCAAAGAACGCAAAAUAGUUAGAACGACCCUAAAUACUAAAUACGAUAAGUUAUCACUCGACGAGAUAGCGGGCAAGAAACAAGCAAUAGAAAGAAAAGGUUCAUUAGAUUUCAAAGUUCUAUCUUUAGACGAAAUUAGGGCUAGGAAAAAAGUUUCAGAGGCAACAAUUCUCCAAACACCCAUUACACUCAACUUGAAUAGAAAGAGAAAACUGUCGACUCACGAAACGAUCACUACGUCCGGUAAUAAAAUUUUAAAAGUCGUCAGAAGUAAUUCUGUAGUUUAUAAGAAACUUGACAACAACGCACCCGCACAACCGAAUCUAGCCAAGACGGAACAAAAGCGUAGUCAAGAGACUAAUAAUAGGAAACGAACGCUGUCAGAACACAGCGAUUUGUAUGAACUACAAGAUGAGCUUGUUGAUAAUUGUUAUGAAUUUAAGAGAAUCAAAAUAGCCGAACAAAUACCAAAACCUAGGCUAGUUAGGAACAGAAGUGUGACUAAAUCUACAAGCGAGAGUAAAGAUGAUUAUGAGACUGGUAAAAAUAAUGAUUCCGAUACAGAAGUUCAAUUCGUAGGUAUAGAAGUAGGUUGUUCCGAUGUAUCAGUGUUGAGCGAUGACGCUAUUAUAGACUUAGAUUCGACUAAAAUGGGCGAUCCAGUCGAUAUCGUCGAUCUAUGUGAACAGGAAGACAAUGCUUCCGAUAUAGACUUAGAUUUUGCUAAAAAUGUACCAGACGUUGUGGCGAGCUGUCAGAAAAAUUUAAACAAAAGCGACAACGCGGACAAAACUUUGCUCAACGAAAUUGACGCUUUAUUAGACGAAGAGUUAUGAUCUAAGUUGGUUUUUAGAACGUAAUUUUUUUAAAUAUAGUUACAUUGAAUCGAACCAAUUGAUAUAUAGACAGACAUUGUUAGUAAAUUGCUAGUUGGUAUUGAAGUACAAAAAAGAAAAAAUUACUAUAUUACUAUUGGUACUACAUUAGCUCAAAAACGUGACUUAUUAAAAUUGUAAGGUUAUUUAGUGGACUACCGUUCUAUCGUGGUAAAGCACCUUUGUGGUAUAGUAACUAUGUAUGUUUAUUCUAAUUGUCACACAAUAUGAUUUAAUUUUAAUUGAAAAUGUGAUUUGGACGUCCGUUCAAAAUCGAAGAUUAUUUUGUUAUGGAAAUAACAUUCUUUUUGUUACUCUAAUGUAAAAUAUUGAUAGCUUUAAUUAUAUUAAUUUUAUAAA